GUAGGUUCCAUGUUUAGCAUUUCUUCAUCUGCACAUCUUGAAUAGUUUGCCUACAGAAUCAUCCUUUUCUACGCGACAACGAAACAACCUUACCAAUGAUAUAAUGUCUAUAUAUUCUUCUUCUUGUAUGUUGUUCAUGUUCCUGGAUACUCUAUUGUACUAGCAACUUUAGUUUACAUAUGAGCUGAGUGACCAUUUUACACUACUACACUAAUUGAGAUUUGAGAGAGUAGUGCCUAAUUUUGGAGGAUGAGCCUUCUUUAUUUCACUUUUGUGUUACUUCUCUUCACACAUUGUGAUGCAAGAAAUUCUUUAGUGCAAUCCAGAAAGCUCUCAAAUCCCAUGAAUCAAAAUAUGAAACACUUGAAAAUUUUGGAUAUGGCAAAGAACUUGAAUAUGUUAAUAGAUGUAUCAAUGAAAGAUUCAUCAAAUGCUGAAUCUUUAGUAAGCUCCCCAUUUACUUUACCACCUUAUAAUUCUUUAGCUCCGGUUUCUUUACCGGACAAUAAUAAUGAUACACCGCCUUUUUGCGUUUACCCACCACCCAACCCGGAAUCCCCCUCCCCGACUAUUCCAAGCCCGGUCCAAUAUAAUCCAACACCGCCUUCUAGCUCACCUCCUAGUCCGUUCGGUAUCGUACCUUCCCCUACCACGCCGGAUUUUUCUCCAAGCCCACCAAGCAUUGUUCCCGGGCCUCCCGAGAAUGUUCCAAACCCACCUAAUUAUGAACCAAGCCCACCAAGUGGUGACAUUCCAAGCCCACCAGAAGACGUACCGAUACCAAGCCCACCAAGUAUUGAUAUUCCAAGCCCACCAGAAGACGUACCAACACCAAGCCCACCAAGUGUAGAUAUUCCAAGCCCACCAGAAGACAUACCAACACCAAGCCCACCAGAAAAUGUACCGUCUCCAAUAGGCUAUGAACCAAGCCCACCAGUUUUUGAACCAAGUCCGCCGGUUUUUGAACCGCCUGUAGUGUAUCCACCACCAACAGUACCACGGUCACCACCGGGUGGGGGUGGACGUGGAUCGGGUGGUAGUGUUUGGUGUGUUGCUAAACCAUCAGUACCCGACCCAAUUAUCCAAGAGGCUAUGAAUUAUGCUUGUGGAUCUGGUGCAGAUUGUGGGCCUUUACAACCAAAUGGGCAAUGUUACGAACCAAACACACUUCUAGCGCAUGCUUCUUAUGCAUUCAAUAGCUAUUGGCAAAGGACCAAAGCUGCUGGGGCCACUUGUUCAUUUGGAGGGACUGCUAUUCUAGUCACUGUAAAUCCAAGUUCACAAGGAUGUCAUUUUGUUAGCUAUUAAUCAAUAGGAUCGAGGAUGAUGGGUCAUUACAAAUUAGAUAAAUCAAAGGCUUCUUAUUAUAUAAAAAGUUGAAAUACGAUAAUUUGAAGGCUUUAUUGAUUAGCAUCCAUCUUGUUGAAUUAGGAAAUGCACAAGUUUUGUAAUUCAUGGUACAUUCAUUUAAGGUGAAUGUUUGUCCAUUGAUUAACUAAAUUUCCUAUUUGUUAAUUAGGUCAUUGAAGAAAAUUAGAAGAAGAAAAAAAAAUUAUCAUGUAUUUUUUCUAUUUGAGGGAUAUUUUAUUUAUUUCAAGUGAUUAUGGUAGAAAUUAAUAGAGUACAAUGUAGUAGUUUUUAUUUAUUUUAUUUUUUAUUUUUUUGAAAGGUGUUGUAAUUAUAUGACUUAUAAUCAUAUUUUAUUUUAACGGAA